AUGGGUGUCCAAAAGAAGACGCGCAAGUUUGCGCAGAUGAAGAGAGUCAUCGGUCAAAAGGAUGGAAGACUAAAGAAGAACCAAGAAGACGGCGAGCUCGAAGCGAAGAAGAAAGCCGCCGCCGAAGUAGCCAAGCGCGAAAUCCCCCAAGUCUCCUCCGCCCUCUUCUUCCAAGCCAACACGGCCCUGGGCCCGCCCUACUCGGUCCUCGUCGACACCAACUUCCUCUCGCACACGGUGCACGCCAAGCUCGAGCUCGACAAGGCCCUCAUGGACCUCCUGUACGCAAAAGCCACGCCCAUCAUCACCACCUGCGUCAUGGCCGAGCUGGAAAAACUCGGCCCCAAGUACAGAAUCGCGCUGCGCAUUGCAAGAGAUGAGCGCUGGGAGCGCCUCAAGUGCGACCACAAGGGCACCUAUGCCGACGACUGUAUCGUGGAGAGGGUCAUGAAGCACAGGAUCUAUCUGGUCGCGACCAACGAUAGGGAUUUGAAGAGGCGCAUCAGAAAGAUUCCCGGUGUGCCGAUUGUGAGCGUGGCCAAGGGCAAGUACGUCAUCGAGAGGCUGCCGGAUGUCGCUGAUAGUCGGUGA